CUCGUAUCCAAGCAACACUAGUUGCCCUACAAAAAUCACACAUGUAGAAUAGUGUACUUGCCGAUCACCGACCCGAUCCAACGAGGUCGCUGUAAUGGCGAUUUGUGGCUCGCUGUGCCCCUUCCCCACUCCUCUCUCUUCCCCUCGGAAGCCCCAUCUCUCUAAUCCUACAUUGCCCCAUCCCACCAGAGUUCGUUCCAAAAAUGGCGGCCACUUGACGGCUGGCGAGGACCUGCCGCUGGACUACGAGAGUUGGCUCCCGAAACGCGACCUCAAAAACCGCAGGCGGGCGGGGAUCCUCCUCCACCCGACGUCCUUCCCUGGGCCCUAUGGCGUCGGCGAUCUUGGUCCCCAGGCCUAUCGGUUUCUCGACUGGCUUCAUGACGCCGGCUGCUCCCUUUGGCAGGUUCUUCCUCUUGUUCCUCCUGGGAGGAGGGCUGGUGAGGAGGGAUCUCCCUACUCUGGACAGGAUGCUAAUUGUGGAAAUACACUUUUGAUUUCUCUCGAGGAACUUGUUGAAGAUGGUCUGCUUUCUACGGAAGAGCUUCCAAAACCAGUAGAUAUGGACCGUGUAAAUUUCACAGCUGUUGCAGAUGUCAAGGAUCCAUUGGCUGCAAAGAGGCUUAUUCUAAGUGAGGGUGAGCUCAAGGAUCAGUUUCAAGCGUUCCGUAAGAAUCCAAAUAUUGCAGGUUGGCUUGAAGAUGCAGCUUAUUUUGCUGCCAUUGAUGACACGCUGAGUACAUUUAGUUGGUAUGAGUGGCCUGAACCUUUGAAAAAUUGCCAUCUUGCUGCUCUGGAAGAAAUUUAUCAUAGUAAAAUGGAAUUUAUAGAUGUUUUCACUGCUCAGCAAUUCUUGUUCCAAAGGCAAUGGCAGAAAGUUCGUGAUUAUGCCCGAACAAAGGGAAUAAGUAUAAUGGGAGAUAUGCCUAUUUAUGUUGGCUAUCACUCUGCUGAUGUGUGGGCUAAUAAGAAACAAUUUUUGCUGAAUAGUAGCGGUUUUCCUCAUCUAGUUAGUGGAGUCCCUCCCGAUGCCUUCAGUGAAACUGGGCAGCUGUGGAACAGCCCUUUAUAUGAUUGGAAGGCCAUGGAGAAAGAUGGAUUUUCUUGGUGGAUACAACGUCUAAAACGUGCACAAAAUUUAUUUGACGAAUUCCGGAUUGAUCACUUUAGAGGAUUUGCUGGAUUUUGGGCCGUUCCUUCUGAAGCAAAAGUGGCAGUUGUAGGGCGAUGGAAAGUGGGGCCUGGAAAGUCUCUUUUUGAUGCAAUAUUUAGAGCUGUUGGAGAGAUCAAUAUCAUAGCAGAAGAUUUGGUACGGAGUAAUAACAGAAGACGUGGUACAGCUUCGGAGGUCCAUUGGGGCACCUGGGAUGGCAGCUUUGGUAGUGACGCAGAAAAUCCACAUUUGCCCCAUAAUCAUGAGAUGAAUCAGGUGGUCUACACGGGAACUCAUGACAAUGACACGAUUCGAGGAUGGUGGGACAUAUUGCCACAGGAAGAGAAAUCUAAUGUGGUAAAAUAUAUUGGUAACAUUGUUGAGGAUGAUAUAUCGUGGGGCCUAAUCCAGGCUGCCCUUUCUUCAGUAGCACAAACCACUAUAAUCCCCAUGCAGGAUGUACUUGCAUUGGGAAGUUCAGCUAGAAUGAAUGUCCCCGCAACUCAGUACGGAAACUGGAGUUGGAGAAUACCCAAAUCGACGUCAUUUGACAGCUUAACCUCUGAAGCAAAGAAACUAAGAGAUAUGCUUGCUAUGUAUGGUCGGCUAUAAAAGUUUGGGAAAAUUAAGUGAAUUCACUCAGAUAUUUACCAUGCUGUUGGUCCUUAGGCCCGUCUAAAAUAACAGUAACAUAUGAAACGAUCAAUGAAUGGCAUUCUUGUCCAGUGACGACUUAAUAAGCUGUGAAAAUUUAGUAAUUUGAUCAGAAUCCAACUUCUUGGAUGCCUUUGCAUGGAAUAAGAAAUCAUUAAUAUAAAUUUAUUGUAUGUUAUGUGAUUUCUAGAGCUGUAUAAGGAUGAAGCUGUAGUAACCUGUUAUUUGUGUUAGUCUGGUGGCUCCAGCUUUCAAGUGUUGUAAUAUUAAGAUUAUAUAUAAAAAUACAGGCAUAUAUAAUAAGGCCCUAAACAAUGUAUUUGUUGGUACAAAUUACCCUUGUGUAUGGAAAGAGGUUCACAUACACCCUUGAUGUUUGCAAUUUAAGAUCUGCUGGUGGAUUGUAUUUGUAUAUCUUUCGCCAUCUCAGCAGUUGGUGGUGGAUUUAUUAUCCAACCCCGGACUAGGCUCUCAUCUUUUUGUUUAGUUGUUGUUGUUGUCUUUUUUUUACUUGGUUGUUUUCGUUUGUUUAAUUUUUUGUAUCUUGGAUGUUGGACUUGUGACUAUUCAGCCCAUUUAAGGCCUUUUUUUAUAUACAGGUUGACAAUCUUGACUAUUAA